UGCGGCCUCAACCGCCGGAUCCGGUCACCACCGGCCCAUGACGCGGCAUUCAACCACCGGAUUUCCGCCGCCGCCGGCCCCCGACGCGCCUUGAAACCACUGGAAUCAGUCGCGACGGCCCUGGGUGCAGCAACCAGCCCCCCAUCUAACCUUGGGCGGCUGUGAACUUCAUCUCCAUCACCGAUGAGCCUCCCCUCUCAUCUGGCCGGAUUCCAGCGAUCUCCGUCGUGCCAUGGCCUGUCUUGUUCCGGAUUCGGCCGCCGGGGCCACUGGAUCCAUGGCAAGUGGAUCCCGUGCGUGCUAGAUCCGGCUGUGGUGCGCCCCUCCACGCCAUGUAGUUCUCUUCCCAUGAGGCUCGCCGUUCUUGAUCCCGAGCUCCAGGGCUCCUCAAUGACAACUCCGAAGCACAACCGUGGCCGCUUGGAGGCACAAAAAAGGAGGGCAACGGCAGCGCCACCGCCGGACGGCCGGAGUCCUGCUCCUCCCCUUGUUCUGGUCCUUGUCUGCGUUCAGGCGCGGCUAUCAGUGUCGGCCACUGCGGGCGUCACGUGCAGCUCAGCCCACGGGGUCGAGAAGUACAUCCCACGGGACACCACAGUACUGUGUGGAAUCCUAGUACUGGACUGGCUUGGUCUUCCAAUGAGCUCCACCCUCGUCCGUCGGAGGGAUCCUCUGGGACUCACUGUUGUUUCUCAUUGCAGCUCACUGUUGUUCCCCACCUGAUGUUGAGUAGUGCAGGUUGCUUCUCAUUGCAGCUCGGUUGGGUCGCCGGUGCCGUACGCAGGCACGUGAGAGGACGACGGGCGUGUAGUUUGGUUUUGGCCGUGCGUCGCUCUGGUAUGGAUACGCGCAUCAUGCAUUUUACUCGACUGUGCGCAGAAGGUUCUUGAACUCCGUUGGCAUGUAGUUUCGACAGCGGCUCGUCAGCUUGUCCCGUGUUUUGCGGCUGAUGCCACUGCGUGUGCAUUUUAGUAGUUGGCCGCCCCGUGUAGUUUAGUUAAUGUGUUUGUAUCUACAAAGAAGGUUUUUGUUUUUGAGCAUGUACCGUGUAGUUUGGAGCAUGUGAACAUCCAGUGCAAAAUGGUGCAUUUUAUUUUUGAGGAGUUCAUGUAUAAAAAUU